AUGCCAAACCUCAGAACAAGGACCGCACCCCGCGCAGGUUCGCAAAACGACGCAGCUAAAGGCGCGUCUACAUCCAACUCGAACGCCCGCACACGUAGGCGCACACAGAACGAGAACAACAUCCAAGGCGAUGAUAAGGAGAACAUAGGCCGUCAAGCUCGUUUGACUAGACUACACAUCCGAGCGGGCAUCCGCCCAAUAGGCUCGACCAACAACGCCACCGUCCUCGGAUCUGGACAAGCCACAGCGAAGAAAGCUCCUACCAAAAGCGAGAAUGCGCUCAUGCCAAAGCUGAAAACCGCCUCGAAGGGCAAGGGUGCUCCUCCACCUGCGUUGGUCCUGCGGAACAAGAUGCCUCUGCAGGACAUCACGUCCCAAUUCUUGCCGGCGCCUGAAGCCGCUAACCGCGGCGAGGACGCUCCGCCACCUUCUGACGACGCCAACGAGACUGAAACCGCUGAUCCAGAAGCUAAAGAAGCGACGAAUGUUGUCGUACUCAAAAUGCCACCGCCCGAACCAACCGCCAUCCCCCUCCCCGCAUCCCCCAAAUUUGCCGUGUCUUCGCCUCUUCCCCCGUCCUCGCCGCCAUCUGACCAUGAGUUUGUUAUAUCCGCCUCGACUUUCCGUCGCAUGACAUCAGCGUCAAAUAUUUUUGACGUCACUGUUCGUGGCCCCUCUUCGUCGGCCGCUGCGAUCCCCGAAGAACUCGACGACCUGUGGCAAGAGGACAACAACGACGCCAAGGCUGACAAAAUUGGAUCAGACUCUGAUCCUUUUGGAUUUAAAUCCUUGCAAAUGAAGCUUCAAGCCCAGCUCAAGGAGGCCGCUAGGACCUCUGACCACGAUUUCGAAGAUGAAGACGACGCGUUGUUGCUUCCAGUCGCCGACACAUCCUCCCCGCGACCUGUUCGUCGCUUGAAGCGUUCUUUGCAGUUCGAUGAUGAUGAUCAUGAUGAUGACGUUCCAGUGCCCUCUGCAGCUGAAGAGGAAAACGACAAGGACAAUUUGCGCCCUCACUAUACCACCCCGUGCACACCUAAGAAAGAAAGCCCGAAACGACGAAAGAUGACGCCUCUCGUCAAUGAUGAUGAGGACCUAUUCGGUCCUCGCUCAUCUUCCGUUCUUCCCACCUCUCCUUCUCCCUCCAAGCCGUCUCUCAACGCUGCGAAAGAAGAAUGA